GGAAGUAGGUAAUGAUAAGGACCUUCAAACCCCAGAAGAUACAUCUCAGUUAACAACAGAGUCUAUGCAGGAAACUAAGGAGCAAAACACUGACACAUUACAGAAACUAAAUGAACAAUUACAAGAUGAAGAACAACUAAUUGCCUUCUCAGCUAAUCUUAUUAAAGAUGUCUUGCAAGGCUUAUGUUUGGCUGGUCAACAUCAAACAUCGUUGUUGCCUGCAGAGUCCAGUGUUGGAGAAAAUGACCAACUAACCCAUGUUAUAUAUAAUGAAAAAAGUGAUCCUUCUAUAGAAGAAGCAAAGGAGUUGCCAGUAGAAAGAGAAAGUUUAUCAGCAGUGGGACCUACAGAAGAGGAAAUAUUAGUUAGAGAAGCAGAAAAAAGCCUUAAUCAAGAUGAGCCAAAUAAUGUUCAGGAGGUAGAAUGUUUGAAUCUUAGAGAUCAGUUACAAAAGACUGAACUGAACAAUGAUCAAACAAAUGAUGAAGAGUCAAUGGAAUUGUUGCAACAAGAAUUGUCACUAGACCAACCAAGAAAUGUAGCUCAGUCUGAAGAGGCAAACCGUUUCUUGACAGAGAUAUGUGUAAAGGAGCAAAGCUUGCCACAACUAGAAGAUGAGGACCUACAGGCAUACCCAUUAAAUGAAGAAGCAUUUACUUCAAAGGAGGAUUUAACAAGUGGUAAAGGUGAAAAAGAUCAGAUACUUUCUGGAGAAAAUGCAGAAUAUACAGAAGAAAGGUGCACCGCCAAGUUACCCAACACAACAGGAUCUAGUGAAACUCAUCAAGAAUUACAUUGGAUUCCAAAACCUCAACUACUUAACACAUAUGUUGACCUUGAUUUUAUGAACAGUGGCAACGAAGUGGCUUUCUCUAAAGAAGAUAGAGCUAACAUCACAUCAGAUGGAGAAGAACAUAUUCAAGAAGAAACUGAUUUUGCAGCUUCAACAGGUGAACCAUCAGAAGAAAUAGAGACCUUACCAAAAUCAGUUUCUCCAACACAAGAUGAAGAGACUUGUAAGAUCUCUGCUGAAUUCAUUGUGAUAUCAAAUGAUGAAGAGUCAAUGGAAUUGUUGCAACAAAAAUUGUCACUAGACCAACCAAGAAAUGUAGCUCAGUCUGAAGAGCCAAACCGUUUCUUGACAGAGAUAUUUGUAAAGGAGCAAAGCUUACCACAACUAGAAGAUGAGGACCUACAGGCAUACCCAUUAAAUGAAGAAACAUUUACUCCAAAGGAGGAUUUAACAAGUGGUAAAGGUGAAAAAGAUCAGAUACUUUACAAAACACAGAAUGAGGAAGGCUCUGCUGGGGAAAUAUACAAACAUAUAUCACAUCUUGCAACAGAAUUACAUGAUUCUUCCCUUGUAGAAAAGUUUCAGUCACAAACCUUUGAAGAAGACAUACAUUUUCAGACAAUGGUAGAUUUUUAUAGGGAUAGUAAGAGGGAAGAAUCCUUUGAACAAAUAGACCAUAGCAAUAAAGUUGAACAAAGCCGGGGAACAUAUGAUAUCUCAACACAAGAUACAUUUACAAGUCAAAUUCAGUCAACAUUUUCUGGAGAAAAUGCAGAAUAUACAGAAGAAAGGUGCACCGCCAAGUUACCCAACACAACAGGAUCUAGUGAAACUCAUCAAGAAUUACAUUGGAUUCCAAAACCUCAACUACUUAACACAUAUGUUGACCUUGAUUUUAUGAACAGUGGUAAUGAAGUGGCUUUUUCUGAAGAAGAUAGAUCUAACAUCACAUCAGAUCGACUGGGGGAGGAACAUAUUCAAGAAGAAACUGAUUUCACAGCUUCAACAGGUGAACCAUCAGAAGAAAUAGAGACCUUACCAAAAUCAGUUUCUCCAACACAAGAUGAAGAAACUUGUAAGACCUCUGCUGAAUUCAUUGUGAUAUCAAAGGAAAACGUUGGAGUCCUAUCACAUCUCAGUUCAGCCAGGUCUCCAUUCAGUGAUGAAGAAACAGAAAGAGGUAGUGAUCUUGUUGGGGUUAUGCAGCCCUUACAUAAAGAGAUUAAUAUUAUCAAACCAGCUGAUGAUCUCAGAGAGUCAAUGAAAGUCAUGGGUGAGUUAUCAGAUGUGGAACCAGAGAUUACUCAGACUCACUCACUAGAUGAUGCCAAUAAACUGGCUACUUUAGAAGAAAGUCAAAUUUUUACCAUGACAAACCAAUUACAAGUUGGAAAAGAAGAACAAGAUGGAGAGAAAGCUGCAGCAUUUUCAAAAGAACCUCAAACUGAAAUCAGCAAAAUGGACAUCCUAUUAAAAUCAAUAAAAGAGGUGCAAGACAAAGAAACCCUUCACACAACUCAUCACUUGGAAGAAACAAAACACGUUGUGAUAUCAGAUGAAAAUGUCAUGGAAUUAAAUAUUUCUCCAAUGGAAGAUGAAACAGAGAGUAACAUAAAAGACCUGGAGGAAUCCCUGAAAGAAAUAAACAUGUUAUUGAAUGUUCAGACAGAGAUGACUGUGAAUCAUUCAGAAGAUGUCAGGGAAACCACUGGGGAGGGAAGCCAAUAUUUUACUAUACCCGGCCAGUCACAGCAACUUGUUGGAGAAGAAGAUAUUUUACAAAAGGAAGAAAAUCAUUACAUAAACGCUCAUUGCACAGAACCAUCAGAACCCAAGGGAGGGAGUAUCGAACCAGAGGACAACCUAAGAGACAUCAGCGAAUCAGAGAAUGAGCUGGAUAUGUUGUCCAACAGAGUUAAUGAAGAGCCGCCCACUUUAGAAGAAGUUCAAUCGUUAAGCACAUCAGAACAAUCACUCGUUGGAGAAGAAGAUAUUUUAGAAGAGAAGAGUCUACCAACAGAUCAACCCACAGAAGUCAAUGAAAGAGAAAUCCUAACAAACUCAACACAAGAGGACAAGACCCUUAAUACCACCGAAGCAAUGGAAUCUAUUGAGAUUUCAAAUGAUCAUUUUAUUGACCCAUCAAAAGAAUUACAUCUUAAUUCAAUUAGUUCUCAAAUUGAAGAUGAAACAGAAGACAUUAUUGAGCAUCCCCCAGAAGAAGAGAAAGACAUUAUCACACCAGCGGAUAACUUAACAGAUUUCCAUGGAUCACAGAAAGAAUUGAAUCUUUUGUCAGAUGUGCUACCAAACAUUGCUACAAAUUAUCCAGCAGAGCAUUGUAAGGAAACUUAUGUGGAACAGGCUACUUUGGAAGAAGAACCAGAAGGCCAGUCACAACCAUGUGUUUCAGAGGAAAAUAUUUCUGAAGAGACAGAUAAAUCAACUUCAGAAGAUCAACCAACAGUUAUUGAAAGAGACUCUGAGAUACAAGUUGAAGAGAACCUUCAGCCCAGUGAUAACUUAGAAGAAACAAAAACCAUAGUGAUACCAGGUGAAAUUUUCAUGGACCUAUCAGAAGAAUUAUUUCUCCCAGUGGCUAAUUCUCUUGUUAUUGAUAAUGAAAAAGAAAGGCUUUAUGAUCAAACUGAGCAAACUUCACAGGAGGAAAGAAAUGUUCUUAAAUUAGAUGAUAAUAUCUCAGAGAAAGAACUAUACGUGGUAUCAGAUGUUCAUACAAACGUUACUCAGAGUCACACAGCAGAAGAUGUAAUUGCUUGGAAGUCACAUGAUUGGGGAGAACCCAUCAUGGAAGCCAUUGCCAUGGAACAAACACACUCCUUCAAAGGUUAUAUCGAAGAUCAAGAUGCACCAGUAGAAGAGGGAGAAGUUAGUGUAAGUGAUCUCUUACCUAAAGCUGAAUUUAUCUUAAUACCAGAUGUAAAGCCCAUUGAACUGGACAAUCCAGACAGUCUCUCAAGAGGAGGUGGUUCUGAAAGAGCCACAAAGGAUACUCUGGGAAUCAUGAGUGUCUCACCGUUGGUCGGAAUUGUUAUCACAACAGAUCACGAGAGUUCAGAAGACAAGAACUCGUCAGAAAUGAAAUGUUCUUCAGAGGAAGAUGCCAUUGAUGGUAAUGAUGUUGUCCAUAUGUCCACUAAUCAGAAAGGAGAGCAUCUGGAAGCAGCAAUUUUAUCAGUCCCUGAAAAGUCUCUUGUAGCUAAUCCCGACCUCUUGUCAGAGGUUGGGGGAGAUCUGAAGGCAAAGGAGACACUCAGUGAUCAAGAAGAGGGCACACUGCUUCCCCACAACACAUUGGACCUGAGUGCACAGAAGAGCAGGGUAAUUUUACGUAGGAAAACCUCGAUUCGCAAGCGACCACGGCAGACCCUUCCUGACCCUGAGACCAUCGAGCAACCUCCUCCUCCCGUCUUCAGGCCAUUAGCAAUGGGAGUGCCAGUUUUCCCAGUGAAGCUUCCAAUCAUUGCCCCUUUACACCCAAAACCUACACCACCUCCUGCUGAAGUCCAUAAAGAAGAGAAGCCUCCCACAGAGGGAUUAGCCGUGCAGCCCAAGAAAGUGAUGCCAAGGCAUGCUGGAUUUGGGGUCCCGCAUCCCCAGAUGAUGCAAGAACUUCAGAAUCGCCUACUGAAGAAGAAGCCAAAGCAAUGACUUGAAGAAGACUUAGAAGAGUUGCCCAUGACACAGAGUGAGGUACUGACUGCUCCCUAAAAAGAGUUGCUUUCAGCUUGUCCUUGGGGGUCUUCCAAUGGUCCAUUUUAAGGACAACUCCCCAACAGCACAAAUGGACCACUAUGCAGAUGGACAGAACAAUCUCCACAGCACCCCUUGGUCAUCAGAACCUGUGUGGGCGGGGUCAUUCCCAAAGGACCCAAUGGUGAUCACUAGUGCACUUAUGGUUUAGGCCUUGGAAGAUUCCUUAAUGUAAAUUGUUUGUAAACAACCUAAGAGGUUGGAGCAAUACGUCGACGACAUUCUGCCUACACUUCUAAUUGGUUGACCUGCGCUUCUGAUUGUUUCCGAUUGGUUCAACUAUGGAAUGAAUGAAUCUGAUAAAUCUGUAUUUAUCUCUUUGGAUACGACUGUAAAACUGAGUUUUAUCGACUCCAACACAGUUGCCAUGGAAACCUGCCUCUAAAGACUCGAAGAUUCAUAGAAGUGGUUCCUUCCUUUGUGAGACGUCAUGAAAAAAUGAUUUAUUGGAUAAAUAGCCCCAUAUUUACAUAGCGCUAAUGGCAAAUUCAUCAUUUUUUGACAGUUAUAUUAAACUAGUGCAAUUUUUGCUUAUAUAUAAAGGGUAAGUUCUCACAAAAAUUCA